CUGGGUCCCGGUGCGGGCCCCGGCCCCGGUGCCGCCGGUUUCUCUAGCCCUGCCCGUGACUGGCAGCAGCGCCGGGGUGAGUCACGGCUUGGAAAUGGAGUGGGCGGGUGCGCGUACAGGAGAAUGAAUGAUGUCAGGGCGGAGAGCGGCUCGCGCCGCCAGCAUGAGGCGGUAAACACGGCAGCGCCGAGCGAGCGGGGGCCCCCGCGACCCCCGCUCCGGAGCGCCGCUGUUGAGGGACACCUCUGCGGGGAGUGUCGCCGCCACUGACGCCCUUAACGCCAGUCCCCUUCGCCAGGAAGGAGAAGAGUCAGAGCCGAGCCAGCACAGGGCAGGGGAAGGUAGAGAUUGUGGCAAACUUUCUAGCUGCUUCUGCGUGCUGCUACCUCAGCGGUGGGAGUGUCUGGCCAUAAGGAACUGCAAAGCCCAAACCUAAGAGCCCCGAGGCUCCAGAAACGAUUUCCAGCUGCCUUUAGAGGAGGAACUGCCAGCAGUACAAGUUUGUGUGUACAGCUGAGAAGAUGAUACGGCUCUAGAGGAAAGACUGACCUUCAUGACUUGCUCGACAGGGUCUGAGUAGUGAAAGCACAAUAGACACCUUUUAGAGUUUAACAGAAAUAAAAAUACAUCCAGGAACAAGAGCAUUGGACUUGAAGAAAUAAGACUUCAGAGCUCAGAAGUUGGUCACUGAUAAACCCUAUUUGGGAAUACAGCGUGGGAAUGAAUACUAUUGAGACAGCAAAGCUUGAAGAGCAUAUGGAGAGUCAAAACAAUGACACUUCGAACAGCUACUCACGACCUACUCUCUCAGUCACUGAAGAGAGCAAAAAUGGCACUAACAAACCAAAGGGCUUGUCUAAUGGCUUGCGAAAAACAACAAAGAAAUAUCCUGAUUACAUCCAGAUUGCUAUGCCUGCUGAGUCUAGGAAUAAAUUUCCUCUGGAAUGGUGGAAAACAGGCAUUGCCUUUGUCUAUGCUCUCUUCAACUUGAUUCUAACAACUGUCAUGAUCACUGUGGUCCAUGAGAGAGUACCUCCAAAGGAGUUAAGCCCUCCCUUGCCUGACAAAUUUUUCGAUUACAUUGAUCGUGUGCAGUGGGCUUUUUCUGUAUCAGAAAUAAAUGGAAUGAUACUACUUGGAUUAUGGAUAUUCCAGUGGUUGUUUCUUAGAUACAAAUCAAUAGUGGGACGCAGGUUCUUUUUUAUAAUGGGAACUUUGUAUCUGUACCGCUGUAUUACUAUGUAUGUUACCACCUUACCUGUGCCUGGAAUGCAUUUUCAGUGUGCACCAAAGUUGAAUGGAGAUGCGCAGGCAAAGCUUCAGAGGAUCCUGCGACUGAUUUCUGGUGGUGGUCUAUCCAUAACUGGAUCUCACAUCCUGUGCGGAGACUUCCUGUUUAGUGGUCAUACUGUGGUAUUAACUCUGGUCUACCUGUUCAUCAAAGAGUAUUCACCACGUCAUUUCUGGUGGUAUCACUUCAUCUGCUGGCUAAUGAGUGCUGCUGGCAUAAUUUGUAUCCUUGUCGCUCAUGAGCACUACACCGUAGAUGUCAUCAUUGCUUACUAUAUUACCACACGGCUUUUCUGGUGGUACCACUCAAUGGCUAAUGAAAAGGCUUUAAAGGUCUCUUCGCAGACAAAUUUUCUCUCUCGAGCCUGGUGGUAUCCAAUAUUCUAUUUCUUUGAGAAGAAUGUGCAAGGCUCUGUUCCUUGCAGCUUUUCUUGGCCAAUAUCUUGGCCUCCCAGCUGCUUCAAAUCUUCAUGCAAAAAGUAUUCACGGGUUCAGAAGACGGGAGAGGACAAUGAAAAAUCUACCUGAAGAAAAGGAAAGCAUCUGCUCUGGUUUUUUGUUUGCUUUCUUACCAAAACGUUAAUGCUGUAACCAAAGUUCUUAAGAGGACUACACUGUAACUGAAGAAGUGGACCAAGCUUCUGUGCAAUUGGUUGGAAAGACAGUUGUAGACACACAUAUUGCCAUUUCAUAUGUUCUCCUAUCAUCAUGCUGUACAGACCUAUUCUGCUCUUCAGUGCUAAUAGAAUACACCACUCUUGGGACUUUUUUUAUUAUUAAAUGAAAAAUGGAGCAGGACUUUGCUUUACUAAUGAGAUAGAGGUGCCAAAACCCACAUUAACACUUCUAUUACUAUCACUCAUCCACAGAAGCACCCAAAAAUCUCAUCUUCAGAGUCUGGAGUGCAUAAGGGCAAAAACCAUGCCAAAAUGUAAAGGUGUGGUGUCCGCAUAUUGAGGUAUAUAAAAAGAUAACACAGUUAUGGGAAGUGGUUUGUUGCAUUAUUCUUGCUAAUGAAGGUAAGGCCUUUGUGUGUCUGGUACAGCUGGAAGCAAGUCUUGACUUUUUUGCACUCUGGGUAUGACUGUCUUGUGACCCUGAAAUCUACUUACCACCAUUAUCUCCCAUAUAUUCUACUAUAUACAGAUUUUUACCUUUUUAUGAGUAAUUUUAUAUCUAAACUGUUGUGCUACCUGAUGACUUUGCAAAUUAGGAAUAGCUGCUAACAUCAGAGCUCAAGGAGCCUAAAGUUUUAUUUUUAAAAAAGGAUACAGUUUCAAAGUUAAAUCUUAAAUUGCAGCUGGCCUUGUCUAUAUAGCUAUACAGUGCCUAUCAGUGUAUGUAUAUGCAUAUACACACAAAAGCACACACUGCUGUGACACCUAUUAAACAAAACUGCUUACUGGAAAGAGUGAUCAUACAGUUCUUCAUUCAGGCAAAAGUCCUAUAGAUCUCACCUCGAGGAAUGCAAGGCCAGGUCCAAAAUGGGGCUAUGGUUAAAAUAAACUUUUAAAUUUGAGUAGCUGUCUCUUGCUGAAAGUAUGUAGCAGGUUUGCUUGGGAGCCAUAGUUCUUUUUUUUUUACCUGUUGGCACAUGUUUCUGUAACUUAU